AUGGCUCUCUCCUCAUCGCAAAUUUACGUAGCCACCUACAGCACAGGUGCAGAAAAGAUGAACACCACCAGCAACGCGAGGAAGGAAACUGCGCAUACCUCACGAUGGCGGUUCGGCCGAUCCACUACUAACCUUCGAGAUUCCGACUCGCGAGCAUCUGGUCGAACCUCUUCCACCCGUCGCGACGCUUCACCUCCACCAACUGAGCCAAAGGUUGAACGAUCUGCUUCAAAGAUGUCACUGUUCAGCCUGUUCAGCAAGCCCAAGGUAGAGCGAGCUCGCGGCCACACAGAAGUCGGUCUUGCGGCCGAAGUGCUACGAGAGAGGAUGGACAGCGUUCGCGACUUGUCUAUCAUAGAAGAGGAUGGAUCAGAGGCCAAGCGAUUGGAAAAGACCCACAAGCGACUUAUUUCGAACUCGGUCCUCAAUCCGCCCGCACCAGACCUUGUUAACAAGAUCUACAUCCUAGUCACAGCCGGCUAUGUUCUGCAGUACGCUGAUGAUGGUUCAUUCGACCGGAAACCUGAGAAGGUAUUGAAGUUGGGUAAAGAAUCUGCGGCAUUUGCAUGCGAUCUCAUCCCGGGCAAGCACUGGGUACUACAGAUAUCAAGUCACGCCCACGACGACGGCACGCCUGAGACUGGACCCAAGAACUCGCUCAUAUCGCGGCUCCGCACACAAAAUGCCGCUGUGAAAAAAGCAGCGACCAGUUUCCUGCUAGUCCUUGACAGUGCAGAAGAGAUGGAUGCAUGGAUGACGGUAGUGCGUAAAGAGAUUGAAAAUCAGGGCGGCAUGAAAGUGCGUGCAGAAUCCAGCCGUGCAUCAUCGUCGACGGACGAUACCCGGGAGACGAGGUCUAGUGACACCACUAGCCAUCGAUAUCGUGUGCAGCGCGAUUCAACUGCGCCGAGCAAAAUUGUGCCCAUUGAUUCACCCCUGCAGUCACAGUACAGCUCUCCGAAGAUCGUGACCUCCGAGUGGGCAUCGAACCGGAGCCCGUACGUCCCCUGCACCAUUCCUUCUCGCGCCAUCACGACCUGUAAGGGCUAUUUCUUCGACGCCGUCCUUCGUACCAAGCAGGCGAACUUCGAACCCACAGGAGCUUGCGCCUACCCAAAGUCAGCAACCCUCAUCCAGCGCUUUGAGAGAACACAUCCCCGCGUCAUUUGA